AUGGCUGAACAUAAGAGCAGUGAACUCGAUCCCAACCCUGUCAUGAUGGCACCCACCAAAUAUGUUGAUCGCCAUGUCCCGACUAUCUCACUUCGGGAUUUCGACUCCCGGGUAGAUGACAUUACACAAGAACUUGUCGACGCUGCUGAAAACCAUGGCUUCUUUUGCAUCGUGGAUCAUGGCAUCAGUCGUGGAUCGAUUGACGAAAUUUUCAAUCAGUCAUCACGCUUCUUCAACCAGCCCGAUUCUAUCAAGUCGCAAGUUCCAUUUUCCCCACAAUACAAUGCAGGAUGGGAGAAGAAUGCACAGAUAAGGCCAUCGACUGGUGCAGUAGAUCGCAAAGAGUCUUAUCAGAUGCAGUUUGGUGAGGGCAUGAAUGGCCGAUGGAUAGAUAACGAGACGCUCCCUGGCUUCCAGGCUGAAGCUCUGGCGUUCAUGCACAAGGUACAGGCAGUUAGCGAAAUGCUAAUGAAGUGCUUCGCUCGUGGACUCAAUUUCGAAGACGACUAUUUUAUCAAGGCGCACGAUGUUAGCCGCCCAGAGUCUCAAACUGUCUGUCGAUUACUACACUACUUCGAAACACCCAAACAACCCAAUUCAACAGGAGAGGUGUAUCACAGGGCCGGCGCACAUGCUGACUGGGACUUUCUGACCUUGCUGUUCCAAAAGGCCGGACAAUCCGGUCUUGAGAUAUGCCCCGGCCGAGAGGUCUCGACAUCUUUCGGCUAUGGUGACUCGUGGACAAAGGUCGAGCCAGAUGUGGAGAAGAACGCCAUUGUAUGCAACGUCGGUGACCUACUCAUGUCAUGGUCCGACGACCGCUUCAAGUCCACGUUCCACCGCGUCAAGGCCCCAUGCGAGCCUGAUGACUUCUACGGCGAGCGCUACAGCAUCGCUUUCUUUAACCAACCGUGUAAAGAUGCAAAGAUUCAGGGUCCACUGAAGAAGUACCCAAUGGUGACUGGCGAGGAAUUUACCCGGAUCGCUAUGAGCCGGAACUAUCAAGCGAUCCAAGAGAAGCUCAAGAAGAAUAAGGAGCCUGUCAUUAGAGCUGGGGCGAGCAUGCCUUCGAUGCCUUUGCCUGCCACAGCAUGA